AUGUCGGAUUUUGGUAACUACGGAAACUUUGGUGGUGAUUAUGGUGGAGGCGGAUUUUCACAAGGUGGAUUUACCGGUGAUGGAAACUCACAACAAAACAAAGUUCAAACACGUAAUAGCAUUAACCCAGUGACUAUAAAACAAAUUCUUGAGGCGGAACAACCAGUACCUGAUGGUGAAUUCAAGGUCCACAAUGUGAGCAUUAGCUUGGUUGGAUUUAUUGGUGUGGUUAGAAAAGUUCAUGCCAAUGGGGUGACGUUGUUUAUCACUGUGGAAGAUGGAACUGGGUCCAUUGAUGUUCGUAAAUGGGUCGAUGAGAAUAUUAAUUCAGUUGAGGAAGAAAAGGAGAGAUACAUGGUUUUUUUGAACAAGUAUGUGUUUGUCGGAGGUGCCUUGAAGGUUUACAAUGGCAACAAAAGUAUACAGAACGCGUCAGUUAGCCUUAUAGAGGACAGCAACCAGAUUAUCUACCAUCACUUGAGUGCUAUUGAUAACCACUUGAAAUCCCAAGGUGUAACUAAAAGCAGUGGCUCUGCAGUAAAUGGUUCUCAAGGUAACAAAUUAUUUGUGGAUGAUGAAGGAUCCACCACUGACAGAGUGUUGAAUUUCAUUAGACAAGAAAGUAAGACGAUGCCAGAGGGUGUUCCAAUUUCAUUCAUCACUCAAAAAUUAUCCAUAUCCGAGAAAGAGGGAGAAAAGCAUUGUAAUGACUUGGUCGAAAGUGGAAAGAUUUACGUUGGUUUUAAUGAUGGUGGUUACAUAGCAGUUUAA